GGCGGCGGCGGCGGCGGGUCGGGGCGGAGGCGGAGGCGGAGGGGACGGGACGCCGGGGGCCGCGCCCACAGCCGCCCCGGACUCGCCAUGGCCGAGUACGGGACCCUCCUGCAGGAGCUGACGGAGAACAUCACCCAUGAGGAUUUGGAGCAGCUCAAGUCCGCCUGCAAGGAAGACAUCCCCAGCGGGCGGGGCGGAGAGAUCACCACCGGCAGCGCCUGGUUCAGCUUCCUCGAGAACCACAACAAGCUGGACAAGGACAACCUGUCCUACAUCGAGCACAUUUUUGAGAUCUCCCGGCGCCCGGACCUGCUGACCAUGGUGAUCGACUACAGGACCAAAGUCCUCAAGAUCUCCGAGGACGACGAGCUGGACACCAAGCUCACCCGCAUCCCCAGCGCCAAGAAGUACAGAGACAUCGUCAGGCAGCCCUCCGAGGAGGAGAUCAUCAAACUGGCUCCGCCGCCCAAGAAGGCCUGAGGAAGAGGAGGAGGAGGAGGAGGAGGAGGAGGGCCAGACCUUCAGCCGACCACUCACCCUCCCCCGUCCCUCCCGGCCAGAGGAG